AACUUCAAACGUCGUUCUGACCACACAUUGUCUUACACGUGUGUAUAAAUUCAUACGUACAUGUGUGUAUCUCCCUCGUUCCUCUGUUUCUCUCCCUUGACUUCCGGCUAAUCGUAGAAGAAGAAGAAGAAGAGGAAACAAAACCAGAAAAAAAGAUUAACUCGCCGGGAAAUGGGGAAAGCUAGAGGAGUUAACAGCGGCGCCGGAGAGAGCUCUCUCGGUUACCUUUUUGGAUCCGGCGAGUCUGUUUCCAAACAAAACGUUCCCACACCCACCACGACAACACCAACCACUAUCGCCGGAGAUAAAACAAAGACGGAGGAGGAGAAGAAGCAGAUGUCGGCUGGUGUAAGAGGAAGCCCUAAUAAUUACAUCAGAACAGAGGGACAAAACUGUGGCAACUUCCUCACGGACCGACCAUCGACGAAGGUUCAUGCAGCACCAGGUGGAGGAUCUUCUCUUGGUUACUUGUUUGGAUCUGGAUCUGGCAAAUGACUUGAUUCUGCAGCAUUUUGAACCGUUUGAAGAAAGUGUAAAAAAAAAAUGUAACUUUAUUUCUUAUUAUGUUCUUAAGGAUUGUUUUUGGAUUUGGCUGUCCUCUUUGUGUUCUUGAAUAUGGAUUUGUCAACCUACGCUUCAAAGCUAGAAACUUUUCUCAA